AUGGCGAGGAGAAUUGACUUGCUGGGAUCCGCGCUUUCGGUAUGGAGGGCGUGGAUGUGGACUUCGGGAGGUUUACAGUCUCCUCGUACUAAUGAAGAAUUGGUGAUUGACCGUCAAGAGGCCGACAAAGUCCUCCAUGAUGGUGAUGAUAAACCCUAG